GAGUAAACCCAUAAUAGGCCAUAACCAAGCGCUCAGCUAUCUUCUACCUUGUAACUAAACCCUGAACCCUACUCACUCAAUUUCCCAAUUUCCUUAUCAUCAUUUUCACUAAAACCCUAAAAAUCUCCAGAAAAACAAUGGCACUUUCAAAACCCACCUUCUUAACCCAUCUCAAAUCCCUCACCGCCACCCACCACCGCCACCUCCGCCGCCACCCACCACCCUCCUUAAUCUCACUCCGGUUCCUCGCUUACUCCUCCCAAGAAGAAGCAGCCGCCGAACGCCGCCGUCGCAAACGCCGUCUCCGUAUCGAACCCCCACUCUCCUCUCUUCAGCGCUCCCAACAACAAACCCAACAGCAGAAAUUCCCUAAACCCGCCCAAAACCCUAACGCUCCGAAACUCCCGGAGCCCAUCUCCGAACUGUCCGGCAAACGGCUCGACCUUCAUAACCGCAUUCUCACUUUAAUCCGUGAGAAUGAUCUCGAUGAGGCCGCCUUGUUCACGCGCCACUCGGUUUACUCGAAUUGUAGACCGACUAUUUAUACUGUUAAUGCUGUGCUUAAUGCGCAGCUCCGGCAGUCAAAAUACUCUGAUUUGUUGUCUCUUCAUAGGUUUAUUAUUCAGGCCGGUAUCGCACCGAAUGUUAUUACUCAUAACUUGAUUUUUCAGACUUAUCUUGAUUGCAGGAAGCCUGAUACUGCACUUGAGCAUUAUAAGCAGUUUAUUAAUGAUGCCCCGUUUAAUCCGAGUCCGACGACGUAUCGGAUUUUGAUCAAAGGAUUGGUUGAUAAUGGGAAGAUUGAUAAGGCCUUGGAGUUGAAAGAUGAGAUUGUGGGUGUUAAGGAGUUUGUGCCGGAUCCGCUUGUUUAUCAUUAUUUGAUGGUUGGGUGUGUGAAGAAUUCAGAUGCGGAUGGCGUUUUUAGGAUUUUUGAUGAGUUGAAGGAGAAGAUGGGCGGUGUUGUUGAGGAUGGUGUUGUUUAUGGUGAUUUGAUGAAGGGUUAUUUUAUUAGGGGAAUGGAGAAGGAGGCUAUGGAGUGUUAUGAAGAGGCUGUUGGGGAAAAUUCGAAGAUUAAAAUGAGUGCUGUUGCUUAUAAUUCGGUGUUGGAUGCGUUGUGUAAGAAUGGUAAGUUUGAUGUGGCAUUGAAAUUGUUUGAUAGGAUGAUGGGAGAGCAUAGUCCGCCGAGGUAUUUUUCUGUUAAUUUAGGGAGCUUUAAUGUGAUGGUUGAUGGUUAUUGUGCACAAGGGAGAUUUAAGGAUGCUAUUGAUGUCUUCAAGAAGAUGGGUGAUUAUAGAUGCAAUCCUGAUGUUUUAUCGUUUAAUAACUUGAUUGACCAAUUGUGCAAAAAUGGAAUGUUGGUUGAGGCUGAGGAGCUUUACGGAGAGAUGGAAGGGAAGGGAGUGAAACCGGAUGAGUAUACAUAUGGUCUUUUAAUGGAUACUUGUUUUGAUGGGAAUAGAAUUGAUGAUGGAGCUGGUUACUUUAGAAAAAUGGUGGAUACGGGUUUGAGACCUAACUUAGCUGUUUACAAUAGAUUGGUCAGUAAGUUGGUUGAGUCGAAGAAGAUUGACGAGGCGAAAUCAUUCUAUUAUCUGAUGGUGAAGAAACUCAAGAUGGAUAAUGCUAGUUAUAAGUUUAUGAUGGAGGCAUUGGCCAAUGAAGGGAAAAUGGAUGAGGUGAUCACAAUGGUUGAUGGAAUGUUGGAUGAUGAAGCGAUCGAGUUUGAUUCGGAAUUACAGGAGUUUGGCAAGGAACUACUAGCAAGAGACGGGAGAGGAGAAGAGUUGACCGCGCUUAUGGAGAAAAAAGAAAACGAAAAGGCUGAAGCUAAGGCUAAGGAGAUUGAGGCUGCUGAGGCAGCCAAGAGAAGUGCAAAAGCUGCAGUGGCCUCAUUGCUUCCGUCUAAGCUGUUCGGAAACAAAGAGGCGGAUACAGAGUCGAAGGGGGCUGACGGAAAUGAUGUCGAGUUAGCCUCUGUAAAUGAAGGUGCUCCUGUUGAGGAAGCUAAUGUUGUAGCCUCUGCUCCUAGUGAUUGAUCUAAAAAUGAUGUUGCAACGGAGCAAUAUGUAAUACAGCUGAAAUGAGAUGAUGCAAUUAGGUGCAAUUCAAUUUCAAUGUAUAACAAACUCUGAAGGCUUUUUUAUGUGGAAGCUUCUUCGCUCCAAGUUUAGAACCUAUUUCGUACAAAAAAAUUCAAAGUGGAAGGGAGCUGAAGCAUGUUACGGUGUGCAAAAAUCAACCAAAACCGUAAAAUCGAACUAAAAUUAUAAUUAUAGUUUGGUUAUUUAUGAAUAUGACUCCAGAAUUAUAAUUAUGGUUUGUUUAUUAAUGAAUAUGACUUGGUUCA